AUAUAAUGUAUCACACAGAAGCAAAGUCUCUAGGCUUCUCCCUACCUUGGGUUUUUAGUCAAAAUGAAUGCAAACAAUCACGUGGGAUUCAGCCAAGCAGUGACGUUAAAUUCUGCUCUGUCAGAGAGAGCAUCUGUCAAGCCCACAUUUAAACUGCUGCCUGCCUGCCUGUGCAGCAGCUGAGGAACCGUGGAUUUCAUAUUAUAGACUAAAACCCCAGUAACAGGGCUCAAAAUCCUUCCUGCAGCUGCCAGGCGACGAGGAAAGAGAGUGAAAUCCUACUCUUUUGCGAUACAGUCGAGGCACUCCAUUCUCGCUCUGGCUGCUCUGCCCUGCAGCUCAGUGUUCGCACCAGAAAUAUGGAUACUGAGACGAGAACACAGCACUGCAUUGUCCGGCCAGGAAAACAGCAGAUGUAAAAAGCUUCCAUGCAUCAACUGUCGGCAAGAGUCGACAGUGCUCCAAACAGCACCAACAGCUACAGCCCUUUUGUUUAAAGAAAGAGAAAGAAAAUGAAAGGAAGGAAAAGCCUCGGAAGCCCAGGACCUCUAUGAACGAGGAGGGCGGCUCGGAGACCAGCGGACAGAUGGACACUGUGGACGCGGUGGGGAGCAGCCGCGGGAGGCAGGCUCUGGGGGAUGCGCCCGUGCUCCACAGCAUCUUCUGGCUGAAGCGAUGGCGUGUGCCAAAAGUAUCUUCGGGGGGCAUGAUCCUCUCCACGGCAAUGGCCUGACCAGGGAAGGUGCAUCUUCUCAUUGACUUUCUCCACACAGUAGGGGCCAAUGGAAACAUGCCAAGCAGUGUCCUGUGACUAACAGAACCCGGUCAUGAUCAACCUUGCGCCGUCUGUCCCACACCUGAUACAUGACCAUUUUACAAAAAAGGCCGCUGACCAUGCACCACACCGCCCAUGUUAUGUCAAAUCAAUUUUAAUGAAUGCCAAUAAACUUUCCAUCUGCUCUCAGGCCUUCUCACACAGCCUCUCGGGAACCUAGUAACGCUCUUCUCUUCGACACGUGCACAACUUUUCAUCUUUAAGUCAAAAGUACAAAUGACCAAAGCUACUGAGAUGAGGAAGUCAGUGGAAGCAAAUUAAUCCAUCACCUCUCUUUAAAGUGUUCACUGUGCUCCGCAGGCAUAUUUUUAAAGAAAUGCAUCCUGUUCUCAGGAUGUUACAUGUUGCCAAGGGAAGACAAAUGGUAAACUCUGUUCCUGGGUCAACGUGUUUUCAUGGCUUAAAAAUCCCCUUGGGCCCUGAUUUUAUUAGCAUCCAAAGUCUCUCUCGGGCAGUCCUGCAUGCGUGGGCAUUCUGUCAACUUUUAUACUUCAUCCUUACAGACAGGCAGCAAGGGAGACGGCACGGCCAGACGAGAACAUGAUUCCCAAAGAGCAGCACUGAUUCAGGAGAGGACACAUCUUCUGCCACUGGGAUCUCACGUCCCACCGCUGGCUGUCGCAACAUGCUUCAGCGGAGGAGAAGACACUGCUGCUUUGCAAAGAUGAGCUGGAGCGCCAAGAGGUCUCUGUUCCGGACCCGCCUCACUGCCGUUCUUUCUCUGGUCUUUCUGUUCGCUAUGUUUUUGUGUUUCAACCACCAUGACUGGCUGCCAGGCAGAGCUGGAUUCAAAGAAAACCCUGUGACAUACACUCUCCGUGGAUUUCGUUCUACAAAAAGUGAGACAAACCACAGCUCUCUUCGGAACAUUUGGAAAGAAACAGUCCCUCAGACUCUGAGGCCUCAAACAGCAACUAACUCCAACCACACGGAUCUGUCCCCACAAGGAGUGACCGGGCUGGAGAACACGCUCAGUGCCAACGGAAGUAUUUACAGUGAAAAGGGCACUGGCCACCCAAAUUCUUACCAUUUCAAGUACAUUAUCAAUGAACCUGAAAAAUGCCAGGAGAAAAGCCCUUUUUUAAUACUACUAAUAGCUGCAGAACCUGGACAAAUAGAAGCUAGAAGAGCUAUUCGGCAAACCUGGGGCAACGAAAGUCUAGCACCCGGCAUUCGGAUCACACGGAUUUUUCUGCUGGGCGUGAGUGUUAAGUUACAGGGCCACCUUCAACGGGCAAUACUGGAAGAAAGCAGACAGCACCACGACAUAAUUCAGCAGGAGUACUUAGACACGUACUACAACCUGACCAUUAAAACGCUGAUGGGGAUGAACUGGGUGGCAACAUACUGCCCGCAGAGUCCGUACGUUAUGAAAACCGACAGCGACAUGUUUGUCAACACCGAAUACUUAAUACACAAGUUGCUGAAGCCAGACCUGCCUCCCAGACACAACUACUUCACGGGUUACCUAAUGCGAGGCUACGCUCCCAAUCGCAACAGAGACAGCAAGUGGUACAUGCCCCCAGACCUCUACCCCAGCGAGCGCUACCCUGUCUUCUGCUCCGGGACCGGUUAUGUUUUUUCUGGGGAUCUGGCAGAGAAGAUAUUCAAAGUUUCGUUAGGCAUCCGUCGUUUGCACUUGGAAGACGUCUAUGUAGGGAUCUGCCUUGCCAAGCUGAGAAUUGAUCCUGUGCCCCCCCCCAAUGAGUUUGUGUUCAAUCACUGGCGAGUUUCUUACUCGAGCUGUAAAUACAGCCACCUAAUUACCUCUCAUCAGUUCCAGCCGAGUGAACUGAUAAAAUACUGGAACCAUUUGCAACAAAAUAAGCACAAUGCCUGUGCCAACGCAGCAAAAGAAAAGGCAGGCAGGUAUCGCCAUCGUAAACUACACUAGGAAAGACAACUUUGUUCUUUUUCCCAAACGUGCAAUCUGUAAAAUAUUGCUAAAAGCAUGUGCAGUUAAAACGGAUUACAUUCAUAGGACAAGUUUUAGUUAACUCAUCACAUAAAGGGAACGAAAAAUAUUUGACUUUCUGAAGAAGGUAAUUAUUCAAAAUACAACAUGAUACGACAAAAAGGUAUCCCCAAAGAAUCUACUGAAAUCCCACACACGGGGAUCCCGUGUAUUAACAGGCAGUAACAGGCAGGAGUCCAUCAAUGGUUCAAGUCUUAUGCUAGGAGCCAACAAGAUGUAUCUGCAUAUAUUUUCCACAAAAAUUUUAAUUUAAGAAAUGGAGACAUUCAAAAGACCCUUUGUUUUAGAUUCAGUUUUUCAUUUCAAUAUAUAAUUAAAUGUAAAUAAAACAUAACUGUCGAUUUUAAGGAAACUUUAUAAUUGUGCGAAGGACAAAUUUUCUGACCUAUUCUAGGGUUUUAAAAAAAACAUUUUCCUUGCAAUAAGAUUUAGCUGAGUUAUUCCAUAAACGUAUUUAUAAAGUUCAGAUGUUUCAUCAAUGCAGUUCUCAUCUAAGUAUUUACUUUUUAAGAACAGCUGAGAUAUUCAUUUUCUUUUCUAAAUAUCCAUAUAUUGGGGGAAAUUAUUUUGACAUGACGUGAUAAAAUGUGAAAAAUCAAUGUGUCUCAGGCUCAAGUUUUUAUAAAAAAAACUAAAUGUUUCAAAAUAGUAGGUCUGUUUCCUCGGUGGUGUCCAGGGCCAAGCUAGUGCUUGGAUAAUUAUUCAAUUAGCCAGUCACCAUACUCUUAAGAGGCACCACCACUUAACUUCAAGCAUAUCUGAAAAAACAUAUUAUCUUCCUCCAAAAGUGAUACCUUCCAGGCACAAAGAGAAUGCACUGCUGAAAGAGAUCAAGAGUACAGCAGUUUCAUUCAGUACAUUUCAAGACGCAUGUCUGCCAAACUGCAACAUAUGGGAAGUUUAUUUCCUGACAGCAGGUGUACACAUGCCAAUACUUAAUCAUUUUAUGGCACCUACUUCUCUCUCUGAGUGCCAAGUUUACAAACCUGCAGUUUUUAAUUUGGUGGAUGACAAAUACUCUGCACCACCGAUUAAAAGCUUGUUGGGGAGGGUGGGGGAAAACUACAGAUGUUUGAUGAACACCUGAUUCCAGGAUGAACAAUGUAUACAACGCACUUUCAUCAAGUUUUUAAUAAAAAAAGGUAAACAAAAAACUUUUUCUGAGUGUUAUGGUCCAAAUAUUUCACAGUAAUUUUGUUUGGCUCCAUUAAAAAUUUUAAAACCAAGAAAUACAAACCCAUGAACUUUAGUGUUUUUCAUUUCUUGUAAGUACCAAAAUUUAUCAAUUGUAAUUUAGUCAGGAUGUUACUUAAUCCUAAUUGUAAUAACAAUCAUUUUUUUAUCCUUAAUUCUAUUCUAAGAAGAGCUACCGGCUAAGUGGUUUUCACUUAAUCUGAUCUGUAUCAUUAUAAAAAGACUAAAAUUACUAAAUACCAAAAUUCCUUAACAAAGGUCACACAUAAGAGGAUGAUACCAAACCAGGCCGCUAUGAUGAAAGACAAAAGAACUCCCUUCCUCACUACAGCGUCUUCUCGUUAACACCUCACAAGGCUUCUUUUUUGAAAAGUGUAUGUCUACGCAUGUGUGUGUGCAUAGGUAUGUUCUCAGAAACAGAAUCCAAGCACUAUUUGCCCAAAUUUUUUUUUUCCUUUUUUGCUCACCCUGCAGCAUAUGCAGUUCCCAAGCCAGGGAUCAGAUCUGAGCCAUAGUUGCAACCUACACCGCAGCUGUGGCCACACCAGCUCCUUUAACCCACUGUGUCAGGCUGGGGAUCAAAUCUGUGACCUGGUGCUGCAGACACCACUUGUCCAAAUCAUUGCUAUAGUGCAAUAUCUUAAAACAAAGUACUUUCCUUCCAGAAAAAACUCACGUUUAAAAAGAUGACUUAAGGAAAACGGAAUUCAUAAAAGACAACUAAAUUCCCAUCUAAGGCAUCAACUAAAAAUCAUUUCUGUAUCCCUGAUAAUACUAUCUUGAAAACUGAUGGGCAUCUGAUAACCUUCUGAGUUCUCAAAGGGCACUGGGAUCAACUAAUAAAGUGUUUUAGUGCUGCUAAAAAAACUUUAUUUUAAAAUAAAUUCCUCCUAAUUCAUUUAUUUUUGAACUUCCACUCUGAAUAUGCAAGCUGACUUCUUCAGCAAAAUAUGAAUUUUCAUGUUACAAUAUUUAAAAAUAUGAUAUUUAAACAUAGUGUGCCUUAUUCACGCACAGUACUACCUAAUUUUUAUUAUACAUGAAAACAUCAUUUUAAAUGACAGCAUUGCAUUUGGUCAAAGAAAAAACUAUAGGGACAACUAUGUAAUCUUUAUGUCAAAGUAUUAACAGAUAUUUUAAAAGAUAAAAAUAUCAAACCUUUCAAUAGUUACACUGAUUUAUUUUGAUCAACAUCACAUGUGAUGAAAUUCUACUUCAAGCAAAUAAUUUAAAUUUCUCACCUCUUAGUAUACAUACAGUAUAACUACAUAUAAUCAACUGGAGUCUUACUAACACCUAUUACCAAAAACCCCUGUAAAAAUAACACCAGCAGCAGCAGGAGCUAUUUACCGACUGAGCCUGAGCGAACACUGUGUGCCUGGGACUGCGUUCAAGCGCUAGACACACGGCAGCCCUGUGGUGCUUCUGUGUAACCCGAAGAGACGCGAAAGACCCAUUCAGGAGGUUCAACACCUAAGAUCACACAACUAGAAAAGCGGCAGGGUUUCACCUCAAAGAUUCUUAGCCGUUACUCUACUCUACUCUGCGGCACAGCCCACACACGAGACCCGCUAGAAGCUGAUAAGCAAAACCGGCCUGGCCUCUAUUCUCCUACCCUGGGCUCUCUGCCUUCUGUUCGGGCCUCCAGUCUUCAUAACUGGCUCUGCACACGAGAGGGACAGCUGGCGUUGGGCGCAAAUAAAGAGGAGAGAAAGGAGAGAGAAACGGAUCCCUCUGUUACUGUUUUCUUCUCCUUUUCAUUUGUUGAUGUCCAGGGGCCAGAAACUUAGAAAAGCUAAGAAUCACUGCUUAUCUCUUGCUCCUCUGGGCACUGAGACACAUCUGAAAAGAGGCCGGUGGCACUUAGAAAUUAUAUAAAAGGGGCUUGCUUUGAAGUACAAUUGGAUCACUUAAUAGACAAGAGUAGCACUGCCUCCACUCACUCUGCUGCUUAGUCACCCACUGCUUUGUGAUGAGGGGUAAAACCCACUUAUCCAGCUGAUUCGGGCUUUUUUGCUAGUUUUCAGUUUUUACUGCUGAAAUACAAAAUUUGACCAUUAAUACAGACUUAAGGCAAAAGAAAAA